UUUUUUGUCGACUAUUGUCGAUUCAACAUAUCUUUUGGUCAAGUUGUCAACGACAUUUCUGCUUUGUGUCACAUUUCGUAGAUUUCUUGUGUCUGCAUCGAGGACAUUAAUUACAUCGAAAUGCUUAAUCACGUAUUGCGACCGAUCACUCGUAACUUUAUCAGAAGUGGCAGUCGUUCCUCCAGCUCAAAAGUCGUGGAUAUUAAAUUGCCAACAAUAAAUGACAUACCUGGACCAUGUGGACCAUGGAAAAAACAUUAUGACGCGAGACAGAAAGUUUACAAUGCUCAAUUAAUUGCUGGUGUUGGUAUACUAAUUAGUACCAUAGCUUAUAUAAAAAUAUCAGGCGCUAUCUUCUUUAACUUUGGCCCACCCGAGGAACCCAUUGAAAACAAAUAAAUAUUUAAAAUAUAAAAUUAGAGAAAAAUAGAUGUCAGCAAUCUGGCCAUACUGCUGAGAAUAUUAUUUACUUCAUUAUGCUAAUGUAACACGCAAUAACUUGUAUUCAAUAAAUAGUUCAUAUUUAUGAUUA